GCCUUUGUGGAAUUUGAUGUACAUCUUUCAAAAGAUUUUGUGCCUGUGGUGUAUCAUGAUCUUACCUGUUGUUUGACAAUGAAAAAGAAAUUUGAUGCUGAUCCAGUUGAAUUAUUUGAAAUUCCAGUAAAGGAAUUAACGUUUGACCAACUCCAGUUGUUAAAGCUCGCUCAUGUGACUGCUCUAAAAUCUAAAGAUCUGAAAGAAUCUGUGGCUGAGGAAGAAAAUUCUUUUUCUGAAAAUCAGCCGUUUCCUUCUCUUAAGAUGGUUUUAGAGUCUUUGCCAGAAGAUGUAGGGUUUAACAUAGAAAUAAAAUGGAUCUGCCAACAGAGGGAUGGAAUGUGGGAUGGUAACUUAUCAACAUAUUUUGACAUGAAUAUGUUUUUGGAUAUAAUUUUAAAAACUGUCUUAGAAAAUUCUGGGAAGAGGAGAAUAGUGUUUUCUUCAUUUGAUGCAGAUAUUUGCACAAUGGUUCGCCAGAAGCAGAACAAGUACCCCAUAUUAUUUUUGACUCAAGGAAAAUCUGAUAUUUACCCUGAACUCAUGGACCUCAGAUCUCGGACAACCCCCAUUGCAAUGAGCUUUGCGCAGUUUGAAAACCUACUGGGGAUAAAUGCACAUACUGAAGACCUGCUCAGAAACCCAUCCUAUAUUCAGGAGGCAAAAGCUAAGGGACUAGUCAUAUUCUGCUGGGGCGAUGAUACCAACGAUCCCGAAAACAGAAAGAAGCUGAAGGAACUUGGAGUUAAUGGUCUAAUUUAUGAUAGAUUCCUCACAGAAGAAUCUAUAUAAACUACCUAGAGGAUCCAGAUCUGGCUCCCAGGGUUCUUGGGAUUCAGGUAAGGGAAGAGAGCUGGGGAAGGGAGGGCAUGUCUCUGAAUUUUGCAUGUGUUAUAUGUAUGGACUGUCUCUAAUUCCCCUGGUGCUGGUGGCUUUUGUAAAAUGCCCAAACCCUCACCUGGUCUUCUAGUCCUCCAUUCCAAGAGCUUUCCCGUUAAGUUCUCAAAAUCACCCUAAGUGGGGGAGUGGGAUGCUGGGCAGCCUCCAUGGCAGGAAGUUAGAAGGAAGGGAGAUGCUUACUGCUGCUCAGAGCCUUCACUCAUCUUCCGUGUUUUAGCUGCCCCCCCCCCCUUCCCCAGUUCUAGGGGAAUCUGGUGCUGCUUUUAACUCAGCCUUUUCAUGUUUUCCACUAUACUGGCUUGUGAUUUGGCCUUUUCCGUUCUGCUAACUGAAACACUUUGUUACUACUUAUGCAUCUGUUUUCCAGCUUCCAAAAUUUUGUUGCUGUGUCUCUUUGUUUUUUUCCCCAUACGCAUGGAUUCUUUUUUAAUCCCUUUAUUUUCUUUUUAACGGGAUGUACAAAGAAAGUAUAGUUGCUUCUGUUUUUGGUCUGAUAUCUUGACCCGGAGGUCACUUCUCAUUCUCUUAGAAAUUUGUUCCUACUAUGAUGUCCCAACGACCUCUGUUGUAGCACCUCACAUGAGCUGCCUGGCCCUCACAUCUAGGCCCGGAAGGCCAUCCUGUCUCUGCUGAUGGGCAGUGUGCUGCUGCUAUUGUCACAUGGGGCUUUUUCUGGCCUCUCAACUAUGGGUACCUUGGCCUAGGCCGCACAACUUUAGGACAGUUCUCACAGUGCGGAUCUUCAGGGCUUUGAAGUCACAACUGGGUAUGAAUUCCAACUCUGCCUCUUAGUAGCUUCCCAUCUGUAAAAUACGGCAUUGCCAGUUGAUUGGCUUGGAGAGAAGAUACCUGAAGAAUCAAUCCCUAGGAAACUACAGGUUUAUUUUGUUUUCUGAUUCAGUUGCUUUGUAAUUCAUUCUUUUUCAUUAUGGGCACAUAAGGACGUGCUGCUGUUCUGUGUUGUUGGAAAGAUG